AGGAAAGCACAAAUUACAUGCACAGCUAUAUUCAUUGUUUGGGGUGUCUUGGUCCAUCUGGUUAUUCCUCCCUUUGUCUUUAUGGUGACUGAAGGAUGGGAUUACAUUGAAGGCCUCUAUUUCUCAUUCAUCACUAUCACCACCAUAGGAUUUGGAGAUUUUGUUGCUGGUGUAAAUCCAGAUGCAAACUAUCAUGCCCUUUACAGAUAUUUUGUGGAGUUAUGGAUCUAUCUGGGACUAGCUUGGCUUUCACUGUUUGUUAACUGGAAGGUCAGUAUGUUUGUGGAAGUCCACAAAGCAAUCAAGAAACGAAGGAAAAAAAGAAAAGAGUCCUUUGACAACCAUCCUCGGUCUAAAAAACCCCUUCAAAUGGGUACCUCAAAGGAUGUCAACAUCUUCAGCUUCCUUUCAAAGAAGGAAGAGACCUAUAAUGAUCUUAUUAAGCAAAUUGGGAAGAAGGCCCUGAAAACAAACAAUGACAAAAUGAUUAAAGUAGAAAAUACCAAACAAAAUAUGCAGAAUGCCAGUAUAGAUGCCCAGGUGACUUACACAAAGACAGAGUCAUUUGAGUACGAUGAGGCUUCCCUGGACAUUCAAAAUGGUCAUGUACUGAGACCCCUGCAUGAUAAACAUAUUGGAGACAGCCCUCUAGAAGGAACCAUGUUUGUAAACCAGCUAGACAGGAUUAGUGAAGAAGAAGGCGAAGUGUGGGAUUCCAGAGACUAUCGACCCUUAAUAUUUGAGAAUGCCAAUAUAACAUUUGUAAAUGAAGAUGAUGAUGAUGAGGAAGAUAUCUCAGAUGAUGAGGAAACAUCAAAAUCCUCCAUGGAUGAUAAUCUUGCAGAAGAAUCUGUGACUGCAAAAAACCUGGUAAAAUUCCCAUCCUCUGAUGAAUCUACCUUUACCAAUAAUGAGCUAGAACUUUCUGUGCCUUAUGAACAACUGAUGAAUGAAUAUAAUACAGUAAGCAAUGUGAAGGCUGCAACGUGA